AUGAUGGGAGCUGCGAGAGCCGGUUUCUAUAAGAAGCGAGCGUCGAAUCCGACGUUGACAAGUCUUCAGAAGAAGAAACGCAACUCCGCUUCAUCGUCAUCCGUCACCUCAUCUCCAGCGAAAUCUGCCAAUCGUCUCUCGGUUCCAAACCCACCACUUCGAAAACGAAGUGGAAGUGCGCCAGCCAUCAAACUCAUCACUCUAGCAUCAAUCUGGAACUUGAAGCAUGAGCAUAUUCGAGCACUGAAAACAACUUGGGCUCGUCUCUGUGAGCCGCCAAGAGCCAAUUGUAAAGGAAUCGUCAGUCUGGUGGAACGCGUUUGGGAGAAGUUAGAUACGAAAGACAAGGACGUUCGAAAUAUUUUCUAUAAUGCGGCGUUUGUUGACUCAAUGCAUGAAAGGUGUGAACGGAGACGGUCUGGAUCUAUUGCCACUCUCCGCGAUCACACUCACUUCUUUGUUUCUCUAGUCUCUCAAGUUGUAUCCAGUCUGGAACAAGAGCCCGCAAAAAUUCUGGACCAUUUGGACCAUAUUGGACAGAGUCAUGCGUAUCUAAAACGAUACGGUUUCAAAUCGUCGCACUGGGAAAAAGUUGGAGAAUAUUUCGUGGACCAUGUGGUUAUUCAGGACUGCGUCCGUGGCUUCCCGGAUGCUUGCCGUGCUUGGACCGUUCUCGUUUCUUCGAUUGUUGAUCGGCUGAGAGCUGCACCACGACGUGGAAGCUUCCUGAACUCGCCUUGCUCUUCAAGAAGAGGAAGCAUGUGCACAUCUUCUCAGUUGAGCAUCAAUGAUGAUACUGCUCCCAAAUGCCCGUUUAUGUCGAAAUCGGCAAAUACAUCUUCAAAUCGUCUCUCAUGUUCUACUGAAUCCUCAAUUUCUCGACGGGGGUCCAUCGUUCUUCCAGCCACAACAAUUGAUAUGUCAGCAUUGAAAGACGCGCUUCCAACGCCUCCGCAUAACGUUCCUAAUAAUAACAAUCAUGUGAUUGCUUAA